AUGGCAGCAUCAAGUCUCUUCCCGCUCUUUGGCCUGCUUCUCAGUCUCUCAGCCUCCUUCGCAUCGGCUCAAUCUGGUAAUGCAUCAACGACAUACAAGACCCGAUUUGAGGGUGUCACUUGGGAUGCCGCCAACUGGGUACUUACCACCACAAACCUAGACCAAGGACAUUAUCAAUCUCGAAUGGUCGUUGCGAAUGGCUACCAUGGCAUCAACGUGGCUUCUCUAGGACCAUUUUUCGAAGUCGAUACUCCCGUUGAUGGCGACAACAUCAAUGGAUGGCCUCUAUUCGAUCGACGACAAACCUUUGCCACGGUCGGGGGCUUUUGGGACUCUCAACCUAAGACCAACGGCUCUAAUUUCCCCUGGCUCUAUCAGUAUGGCUGGGAUACUGCCAUCAGUGGCAUCCCACACUGGAGCGGCAUUAUUGCAGAUCUGGGAGGAAACAACUACCUAGCUGCUUCAACCGACGAUUCGACGAUCAGCAAUUUCAGAUCUAGCCUCGAUAUGAAACACAGUCUGAUGAAUUGGGCUUUUACUUGGUCUCCGAGCGGUUAUGGGCCAUUCAAUGUCUCCUAUCAGAUGUUUGCGCAUAAGCUCAAUAUCAAUCAGGGCUUUGUUACCAUGAACAUCACUGCGGCCAAAGCCACCAACAUCACGAUAGCAAAUGUGCUCAAUGGUGACUGCGCUGUCCGUACGACUCCCGGACAGAAUGGCGUUGAUUCCGGCCUCAUUUUCACCUCUGUCCAGCCAAACGGCAUUCAUAAUAUAACGGCGUUCGUUUAUGCUGGUAUGACCAACACUGGAGCCAGUGUUCGUUCUGUUCAGCAAGCUACAUGGCACCGGCCGUAUGUGGGCAACAAUGCAUCCUCUGUGGCCUCUGCGUUGAAUGUCACCCUCCAGGCUGGACAGGUCGCCACGUUCACUAAAUUCGUCGGAAUUGCCUCAACUGAUGGAUUUCUGAGUCCUCGUCCUGUUGCAAGAAAUGCCGCACUUGCCGCAAGGCAGGCUGGUUACGCUGCUUCAUUGCAGACUCACGCCGCGGAGUGGGCACAACAAUUUCCUACCACCUCUGUCGAUGAUUUCUCGUUUCCAGAAAAUGGCACACUGCCGAAUGAUCAGUUUAUCCUCGAGGCGGCGAUCACGGCCGUGACCAACCCCUACCAUCUGCUUCAAAACACCAUUUCGCAGAAUGCAAUCAAUGCCACUGCCGAUGCCGGCAGUUCAAUCAACAGCCACAGCAUCUCAGUGGGAGGACUGGGUUCAGACUCAUAUGCCGGCCAGAUCUUUUGGGAUGCUGAGGUAUGGAUGCAACCUGGGCUGGUAGCAGCAUUUCCAUCAGCAGCCAAGGGUAUCGCGAACUAUAGAGUGGAGAGGUUCCAGCAAGCGAAGCAAAACAUUGGCACUGCAUUUGCCUCCUCCAAGAAAAACACCAAGUUUAGUUCUGCUGCAGCAAUCUUUCCCUGGACCAGUGGACGUUUUGGCAACUGUACAGCCACUGGUCCAUGCUGGGAUUACGAAUAUCAUCUAAACGGCGAUAUUGGCUUAGAGUUUAUCAAUCUAUGGAUCUCGUCGGGCGACACGGCGUUGUUUCAGGAGUCUCUCUGGCCGAUCUACGACUCUGUUGCCACAUUGUACUCCGAACUCCUCGAGCGAAACGGUUCUCAUUGGGUCCUCCUGAACAUGACCGACCCGGAUGAGUAUGCCAACCACGUCGAUAACGGGGGCUUCACCAUGGCUUUGAUCUCCACACAUCUCAACUAUGCCAAUCAAUUCCGCUCCAUGUUCGACUCCACGCCCAACGCAACGUGGACGACCAUGGCUCAAAAUGUGCUGAUAGGCCGAGAUCAAGACGCGGAUGUCACACUAGAAUACACUGGCAUGAACGGCACCACUGUGGUAAAACAGGCUGAUGUCAUUCUCAAUACCUAUCCGCUCUCCUUUACUGGACAGAAUUAUACGUCCAACGACUCGCUCAGCGAUCUCGACUAUUAUGCUGCCCAGCAAUCCGUGGACGGUCCCGCCAUGACAUACGCGAUUUUUUCCAUUAUCGCAAACCAGAUCUCACCUUCUGGAUGCUCUUCCUAUACCUAUCAACAAUACAGCACGCACCCCUACAUCAGAGGCCCAUGGUUUCAAUUCUCUGAACAGUUGGUCGACGACUGGAACGAGAAUGGCGGAACGCACCCCGCAUAUCCCUUCCUCACAGGACAUGGGGGAGCCCUGCAAGUCGUCCUUUUCGGAUACCUAGGGCUGCGCUUCAUUCCGGAUUUCAAUCUGCACAUUGACCCCAGUCUGCCGCCUCAGGUCCCGCAGGUCCGAUACCGCACGUUCCAUUGGUAUGGCUGGCCGAUCUCAGCCUUCUCGAAUCAGACCCAUACCGUCUUGACGAGAGAUGGCAGCCUUGCUCCCGGUGAGGGAGCUGUUCCGAACGCCACCUAUGCCACCUCCGCCAUUCCGGUCGUGGUUGGCCCUAUCGGCUCAGCACCCCUUGCCACCUAUUCCCUGUUGCCAAACUCCAGCAUAACUGUCCCCAACAGACAAAUCGGCCUCAUUCCUACAACCGAGAACAAUGUCGCGCAGUGUCUCCCCGUCUCUUCCCCGGACGAUUACUUGCCAGGCCAGUUCCCGCUCGCGGCGGUCGACGGUGCGACGAGUACAAAAUGGCAGCCCGUGUCCGCGAACAAGACAAGUUCCAUCACAGUGGCAAUACCGGAGGGAUACAAGGUGACCGGGAUGGUGUUGAACUGGGGUCAAAUUCCCCCGUACAACUACUCGGUGCUAUUCCACAACCAAUCCCUCGCGAACCCGUCCGCCACGACGCUCAGUUCCAACAACGUCCUCGAAGUCGCGUCAAACCAGAGAGUCCACAUCUCCGACACGUACAACCUGACGGCGCUGAACUCGAUCGAGGCCGUGCAGGACAACAUCACCACGUUCGACAUCCCCGCGACCGCCCCGCCGGUGUACACCGCACGCUUCGCCACGCUGCGCAUCUGGGGCUCGCUGUACAACGCCAGCGUCACCGCGGGCAACAUGUCCGGCGACGGCGCCACGGUGGCCGAGUGGAGCAUCCUCGUCGAGGGGCUGCAGAGCCCCAACGCCACUGCCACCGGCGGACCCGUCAGGAGAGAUCUGGGCGGCAACCUCAAGGCGAGAGAGGACUUUGGUCGUCUCGACGCCGACUUGCUGAUGAAGCUUGGCCACGUCGCGAGAUAUAUGAACAUGGAUGGACGAAAGAUGCCACGGAGAUGA